UGCCCCAUCGUUGGUGUCAGUGGAAGGAAUUAUUCCCCAUCAUUGGUGUCAGUGGAAGGAAUUGUUCCCCAUCAUUGGUGUGAGUGGAAGGAAUUGUUCCCCAUCAUUGGUGUCAGUGGAAGGAAUUAUUCCCCAUCAUUGGUGUCAGUGGAAGGAAUUAUUCCCCAUCAUUGGUGUCAUUGGGAGGAGCUGCGCCCCGUCGUAGGUGUCACUGGGAGGAACUGCGCCCCGUCGUUAGGUGUCAUUGGGAGGAACUGCGACCCAUCGUUGGUGUCAUUGGGAGGAAUUGGGACCCAUCGUUGGUGUCAUUGGGAGGAAUUG